AUGGGUUCAUCAUCAUCGUCGUCAAGCACAAAGGUGGACACCGAUAUGUUGGUAGACGAAACCUACCUCUCUGCUUUAUUCGAUUACGAUGAAAUUUUCCCAAUCGCCGACGAAAGCUAUGCUACGGAGAUCCAUCUCCAAGAAGCUAUGUUUUCUUCUUUUGGCGCUUCUACUGUUGGUGUUAAUCAUCAUCCUCAAGUCCAUAGGAAUCUAGUCACGCUGGUUAAGCAGGAACCGGAGAUUAAAGCCGAGAAUGAACCCAUGGAACCAUCAAGAAGGUUAUGUAUGAUCUGUAUGGACGAAAAACCUUCCUCAGACAUCUUCCGAGGAACCACUAACUGCACUCACGCCUAUUGCACCGACUGUACUGUCCGUUACGUGGCAACUAAGAUAAAAGAAAACGCAUCGAGGAUCAAAUGCCCUGACGUGGAGUGCACGCGACUGAUAGAGCCUUACACGUGUCGAGAUCUAAUCCCUAAGGAUGUAUUCGACCGUUGGGAGAAAAUCUUGUGCGAGUCUUUGAUCUCCUCGUGGGACAAAUUCUAUUGUCCGUUCAAAGAUUGUUCGGCGAUGAUGGUGAACAAUGAAAAUGGAGAUGCUAACGUGACGCAGACGGAGUGUCGUUCUUGUCAUAGACUGUUCUGCGUGCAGUGUAAGGUGACAUGGCAUGCGGGGAUUGGGUGUGAUGAGUUUCAAAGAUUUGGGAAUACGAAGAAGAAGAGUAGUGAUGAAGACGAUGCUUUGUUGAUUCAGAUGGCAAAAAAUAAGCAGUGGAGAAGGUGUCCUAGUUGCAAAUUCUAUGUUGAUAAAGUCGAGGGUUGUCAACAUAUAAAAUGCAGGUGUGGAUAUCAGUUUUGCUAUGGUUGUGGAUCUGUGUGGAGUUCUUCUCACGCAUGCCAAAUUCGUAUCUAAAAGGCCAAUCGAUGGUUUAUUCGAUAAAUUUGUUUAA